AAAGUCUGAUGAAUUGAUGUAUGUUUGUGCCUUCUCUUUUAUUCUCUUCUUUCACUCACUCACUCUUCUAUUCUCUUCUCUUCUCUAUAACACACUCACUUUCUCUUAAUUCUCUUUCUAUACUAUCACACCUACCUUUGCAUGCACCAAAAAACAUGUUACUUAGAAGCUAUAGCUCACCAAUUCUAAGUUCUUUCCUUCCCCAUUCAAUGGAAUCAUCAAAUGAACAACAACUCAAUCGCCACCUUCAUAGAACACUUACAACUCCAAAACAUAACUUACCCUACAAAAAACAUCAUAGUCAAACCCCUUCAACACAUAGUAACAUUCUUAAACAUCAUCAUCAUGAGAUUAUUGUGGAAGAAGAAGAACAAAAAACAGAACAAAAAUUUUACAAGAAAAAAACAACACCUUCAAUAAGAGAACUGUUUUCAAGCUCUGGUUUAGAUAAACAAGUUUUGGAUGGUGGUGUGGGGAGGAAAGUUGGAAAGAUGCAAACUUUAGUAAUGGGUGAUGGUGGAAUGGGGUGUGAUGGUGGAAGGAUUUGUGGUGGUUGUAAUGGUAAUGGAAGAGAUUCAGGUGGUGGAAAUGGAAAUGGAAAUGGAAAUGGUUGGGAAAAUAAUAAUUAUGGUAGAGAUGAAACUGAUGCUUAUUAUCAUAAUAUGAUUCAAGCAAACCCAAAUAAUGCUCUUUUACUUGGAAAUUAUGCUAAGUUUUUGUUCAAGGUUCGUGGAAAUUAUGGUAAAGCAGAAGAGUAUCUUGAAAGAGCCAUUUUGGUUAACCCUGAAGAUUCAGAUAUUUUAUCCCUUUAUGCUGAUUUAAUAUGGAAAACAGAGAAGAAUGCUGAUCGAGCUGAACUCUAUUUUGAUCGAGCUAUUAAAAGUGAUCCAGAUGAUUGCUAUGUCCUGGCUUCAUAUGCAAAAUUUCUGUGGGAUGUUGAAGAAGAUGAGGAAAAUGACUUUCAACAUAAGAACCAUACAUAUUCAUCUCACCUCUUUCAAGGAAGUAAUGGUCUUUCUCAUGUUACUGCAGCCUCUUAGAUCUUCUUACCUCUGUUUCUUAGUGAAGUUGGAUAUCUUGUUACACAAAUCACACACUUUUUCAUCUCUUGGAGUAUGGUUGAUUUAUUAGAGAUGAUAUUUUAGUUGUAAAUAGCUUAUGUUAUGUCAUAAAUAAGAGAAUGUAAAGCUGUGUCUGUUGUAUGAUAGUGAAGGAAUUGAAAUUUUGGUAGUAAUAAUGGAAGAAAAAAGCAGCCUUUCAUGGAUUUUGAAUCCUCAAUAAUUCUAUUGCGUUCUCACAUUUGUUGUACCAUACAAUAGUCGUAGAAGAUUCAAGUUGAAGGUAAAUAUAUUAAGUCUCCACCAUGUGUCCAAAAAGAAGCAAACAUUUAUUCAUCAUAUCUCAUAUUUCCCUCAUAAUCUGGCAUAGGAUUUACACCACACUAGCCAUGGGAAAACAAAUAUUUGUUCAUCAUAUCUUAUAUUUCCCUCAUAGGUGUAUUCAUCUAUAUGUAAUAAUUAAUUUAUAUGUGCUUGGAUGUUA